GACUCCAAGCCCCAUAAUGCAUCAUACCGUUACACCCCGUGGAAGUUGAACAAUCUCUUCUAACAUUUAGGUAUCAGUAGGAAGUCGGCAGGCUGAAAGUAGAGAAGACACUCGUGCCUCCUGACCCGGGCUCCGACUAAUUCCCGCAUCACAAGAACUUACAGGUGCCAUGGCUGAAAGAGUGCUGGUGGUUGGUGGCGGCGGGCGGGAGCAUGCUCUGGCCUUGAAGUUGGCCCAGUCGCCACUCAUUCAGCAAGUCCUGGUGGCUCCCGGAAACGCAGGGACGGCAAACUACGGCAAGAUCAGCAACUCGGAGGUAUCUGUGAGUAACCACGCCAUAUUGGCUCAGUUCUGUAAGGACCACCAUGUGGGGCUAGUGGUGGUUGGGCCAGAGGUUCCGCUGGCAGCUGGUAUGGUGGACGACCUGACGGCAGCAGGAGUGCCGUGUUUUGGCCCGUCUGCCAAAGCAGCUCAGUUAGAGGCCAGUAAGAGCUUCUCCAAGGCCUUCAUGGAACGUCACGGCAUCCCCACGGCCCGCUACGGCUCCUUCACGGACGCGGAGGAGGCUUGCAACUACAUCCGCACCGCUGACUUCCCAGCGCUGGUUGUGAAGGCCAGUGGCUUGGCAGCGGGUAAAGGAGUUAUAGUGGCACAAGACCAGGAGGAGGCCUGUCGGGCUGUGAUGGACAUCAUGAAGGACCGAGCAUUUGGUUCUGCAGGCGACACAGUGGUGGUGGAGGAGCUUUUAGAAGGCGAGGAAGUAUCUUGUCUGUGCUUCAGCGAUGGCUCCUUUGUGUCGUCGAUGCCUCCGGCGCAGGAUCACAAACGGCUGCAAGAUGGCGAUCAGGGUCCAAACACAGGAGGCAUGGGAGCCUACUGCCCCACCCCUCAGGUGAGUGAUGAGCUGCUGGUGCAGAUCAGAGAAUCUGUGCUUCAGAAGACUGUGGAUGGGAUGAAGCAAGAGGGAGCUCCUUAUGUUGGUGUGCUGUAUGCCGGGCUGAUGUUAACCCAGGAGGGACCUAAAGUUCUGGAGUUCAAUUGUCGCUUCGGGGACCCAGAGUGCCAGGUCCUGCUGCCCUUGCUGAGGAGCGACCUGUAUGAGAUCAUCUUGAACACGAUGAAUGGCAAGCUGGCAUCUAGCGCCCCCGAGUGGCAUCAGGACAAAUCCGCUGUGACCGUAGUGAUGGCAAGUGGCGGCUACCCAGGCGCCUACAGCAAAGGAAUGGCCAUCACAGGUCUGUCCCAGGUGGAGGACAUGGGCAUUCAGGUGUUCCAUGCGGGGACAGGACUGAAGGACGGACAAGUGGUGUCCAGCGGCGGGCGCGUCCUGACGGUCACCGCGGUCAGGCCUUCCCUGGAGGCGGCACUGCAGGCAGCCAAUCAAGGAGUGGCAGCCGUGGGUUUCCCGGGUGCUGUUUACCGCCGCGACAUUGGUCACCGCGCCAUUGCCCACCUGAAGCAACGCAGAGGCCUGACCUAUAAGGACAGCGGUGUGGACAUCGCUGCAGGCAACAAACUGGUGGAUAUUAUCAAGCCUCUGGCUAGGGCCACUUCCCGCCCAGGAUGUAAUGCAGAGCUGGGAGGCUUCGCUGGACUUUUUGACCUGAAAGCUGCAGGAUUCAUUGACCCGAUUCUGGUAUCUGGAACAGAUGGCGUUGGGACCAAACUGAAGAUUGCCCAGGCUUGCAGGCAGCACGGCAGCUUGGGUCAAGACCUCGUCGCCAUGUGCGUGAACGAUGUCCUGGCUCAGGGAGCAGAGCCACUUUUCUUCCUUGAUUACUUCUCCUGCGGAAGCCUGGAUGUGAAUGUGGCCGCCACGGUAGUCUCUGGUAUCGCCAAAGCGUGUGAGCUUGCUGGCUGUGCUCUGCUGGGUGGAGAGACGGCGGAAAUGCCUGGAGUCUACGGCCCGGGGGAAUAUGAUCUAGCCGGGUUCUGUGUGGGAGCAGUAGAACGUUGCUCCGUGCUGCCUAGGCUGGCAGACAUCACUGAGGGAGACCUGUUGAUUGGAGUGGCAUCCUCUGGUAUCCAUAGCAACGGCUUCAGCCUGGUCCGCAAGGUCCUGGAACAGUCAAAUCUAAGCUACAGCUCCCCGGCACCCUUCGGCCACCCAGGACAAACUGUUGGCGAGGUUUUGCUGACACCAACGAAGAUCUACAGUCGUCUGCUCCUUCCAAUCUUGCGCAGUGGUGCGGUAAAAGCCUACGCUCACAUCACCGGUGGAGGACUUUUGGAAAACAUUCCGAGAGUGUUGCCCCGGGAGCUAGCAGUCGAUCUAGAUGCAUCUCGUUGGAGCAUCCCUCCGGUGUUUUCCUGGCUCCAGAAAGAGGGCGGCCUGAGCGAGGAUGAAAUGACCCGUACCUUUAACUGUGGCCUGGGUGCAGUGCUGGUGGUUGCCCCGAUGGAAGCGCAGAGGGUCUUGCGGCAGCUGCAGGCCCAGGAGGAGGCCUGGAUUGUGGGCACGCUCGCUCACAAGCAGCCUGGUACCGAGUCUGUUGUGGUCCACAACCUCAAACGCAGUCUUCUCAAUGGUGGUCCAGCCUCCAAGGACACCUGUUGCCUCGGUGACACCAGCAUGCCACACAAGAGGACCAAAGUCGGCGUUCUGAUAUCAGGCACAGGUACCAACCUGCAAGCGCUGAUCGAGCAGGCCAAGCGUCCAUCCAGCUGCGCAGAGAUUGUGGUGGUCAUCUCCAACAAACCUGGCGUUCAGGGCCUGAAAAGAGCAGCACUGGCUGGCAUCCAGACACGGGUGGUGGAUCACAAGCUCUACGGGAGCCGAGCAGAAUUUGACGGCACCAUCGACCGCGUUCUUGAAGAAUUUGGGGUGGAGCUGGUGUGUCUGGCUGGGUUCAUGCGGAUCCUCACAGCAGUUUUUGUCAAGAAAUGGAAUGGUAAACUCUUGAACAUCCACCCGUCCUUGUUGCCCUCCUUUAAGGGUGUGAAUGCCCAAAAGCAAGCUCUCCAGGCUGGGGUGCGGGUCAGCGGCUGCACAGUCCACUUUGUUGCCGAGGAGGUAGACGCGGGGGCCAUCAUUGCGCAGGAGGCGGUACCAGUGCUGAGCAGUGACACCGAAGAAAGUCUGUGCGACAGAAUCAAAGAGGCAGAGCACAGAGCCUUCCCUGCAGCGAUGGAGCUGGUGGCCAGUGGAGCAGUGCAGCUGAGCGAGGACGGACGUGUCAUCUGGAGGCCACAACAUUAGUAAUUUGCACUCGCACAGACAAGUCAACGUGUAGUGUCACACUGAAGCAACAUUCCUAAUGUGCAUGAAUGGUGAUUGUUUGGAUGAAUGCAUUUUAUGCACAGUAAACCAAGUUGUAUCUUCUACAAAUGUUUCAUUGUUGGUCGUGUGUGUCACAAUUGGAGCUGCACAUGCUCUCAUUUCUAAAUGAUUCUAUGGCUUAUACAGCGUACACAUGCGUGUAUAUGCAUUCACGUGCAUUCUGCAGAACCCAAGUCCAUUCAGCUGGAGGUCACCAACAGAUAGCUGGACAUUCUCCUUCAGGAUUUUUUUGGUGGACAUCAGAAUUCAUGCUUCCAUUCAUCACAGCAAGUCUUGGUCCAAAAGUCCAGGUCCAAAAGCAGCAAAUAAGUCCCAGUCCAUCACACCACCACCACCACAUUUUACUGUUGUAUGUUCUUUUUCUGAAAUGCGAUGUUACUUUAACACCAUAUCUAAUGGGAUAAACACCUUCCAAAUAACAUGCAAGUGUGACAGGCACAAAAAUUAGAAAUCAGGAAGAGGGCAAACACUUUUCCACAUCACUGAAUAUGUGCAAAUUACAGCCUGAUCGUAAUUCACAUUUUAUUUUCUAACAUGGAUUUUCUUUUUUUUGUAAUUUCACGUGCAUGGUUGUAAUAAAAGCCUGUUGCGUUUUUUGUCACCUUCUCUUGUCUCUACAUUAAACUUAACUUCAUUUUUUUUUUUUAUUAAGGUCCUAGAUUGCAUUUGUUCCCUCGCUGAUUUGACAUUUCAGUCUUGGAGGUUUGUGCCCCCUCAUGAUGGAUAACACAGAUGUAGAAAGUUAAUUUUAUUUAAAAAAAAAAAAAAGAAUAGCAAUGACUACUUCACAUUGUAUCAAAGUGUCAUUUCU